UGCGCUAGGUGGGCGGCGGCGCAGGAAGGAUGCUGGCUGCUGAGCGCUGGGGCUGGUGCUGAGAAAGAAAAAAAAUUGGAGCUUUCUAAUUACCGGGAUGAAUAUUGGAGUCCUUGAAGAUUCCUGAGUCAGGCCAAGUCAUUCAUGCUGCUGACUUUCUAGCACAACCAAGCUGAGUUCUGCCUGUCAGCUCUACCCAAAGGCUCCACAUGCUCACCUGAAUCCUGAGGAAAUCCAGACAUGGCUGCUGACAUGAAUUUCUGUCAGAAGCCCCAGAGACUGGGAACAGAGGAACAGGAUGGGCCGUGUGAGAGAUGGAUGUUCUUUGAGGAUGUAACUGUGGACUUCAGCCAGGAGGAAUGGCAGCACCUGGACUCCGCCCAGAGAUGCCUGUACCAGGAGGUGAUGCUGGAGAUCUACAGCCACCUCUUGGCAGUGGGGUAUCCCAGGCCAGAGGUCAUCCUCAAGAUGAAGAAAGUUAAGGGCCCGCUGAUGGGGAAGGUUGAUUUUCCACAUCAGAGGUGUGGUCAAGGGGAGGCAGAGCAUGACGCACACCAAAUGUGUGUGAAGGCUGCAUUUCCAAAUGAUAUAUCAAGAGUAAUCACUAGAGGUGGCUCACACUGUUCCAUUAUCGAGGAACCCUGGCAGGGUGGUGACCCUAAAAAUUCAGAUCCACAAAACCACAUCCCACCCUCCAGUUCUGGUGCUUUCUUCAGCCAGAAAACACUAAUCACAGACAAUCGUGAUGGAUGUGAAGCAGCUGGGGGAUCCAUUCCUUUAGGCGCCCACCUCAUUUCUACACAAAAGAGAUCUCUGAGAUGUUGCCCAUGUGAAAAGACGUUGCAACCUCACCUUCAAGCAGACAGAGACUAUCAAAGCAGCGCCACAAAGCAGCCUGAUGGCAUUGUUGACUCUUGUCAGUCCUUCACACAAGGCCUUCCCACUGAUGUGUGUCCAAUUCACAGCACAGGAGAGGAAGCACGCAGAGGUGACCAGUGUGCAAGUGUUCCCAGCCCUCAGCAACCAUUUAUGCAGCAUGGAAUUCUCUCUCAGGACAAGCCAGUUGAAUAUACCAAAUACCAGAAGGUCUUCACUGCCGGGUCAGCUUUGUGUCAGCAGCAGACAACUAACAGUCAAGAGACCCAUUUUAUUUGCCACAUAUGUGGGAAAUCCUUCCUUCAGAAAUCUGAGUUGAGUUUUCAUCCAGGAACAAACAGAGGAGAGACACAUCAUGAAUGCCCUGACUGUCGGAAAUCACUUACCAGUACAUCCAGCCUGCAGGCACGGCGUGAAACUCACACAAAGGAGAAACCUUACAGAUGCCUUGACUGUGGGAAGUCAUUCAGUUAUGCAUCCCACCUAAAGAUCCAUCUUCGAAUACACACAGGUGAGAGGCCUUAUGUGUGUUCUGACUGUGGGAAGGCCUUUAGCCAAAAGUCAGUCCUCACCACGCAUCGGAGAAUUCACACUGGGGAGAAGCCUUACACAUGUAACCACUGCGGGAAAUUGUUUGUUUAUGCAUCAGAUCUGAAGAAGCACAGUCGGUUUCACACUGGGGAGAAGCCCUAUGAGUGCAGAGAUUGUGGGAAGUUAUUCAAUAAUAAAUCUCACCUGCCUGUGCACUAUCGCAUUCACACCGGUGAGAAACCUUACAGAUGCUGCGACUGUGGGAAGUCGUUCAGGAGAAAGUCCCACCUUAAAGUGCAUAACCGAACACACACUGGUGAGAAGCCUUAUGUAUGCCCUGACUGCGGGAGGGCCUUCAGCCACAGUUCAGUUCUCAGCACACAUCAGAGAAUUCACACUGGGGAGAGGCCUUACCUAUGCAGCGACUGUGGGAAGGCCAUGUCUUCUAAAGCCCAGCUGAAUGAGCACCGAAGGAUCCACACGGGGGAGAAACCCUAUGUGUGCAGCGACUGUGGGAAAGCUUUCAGUUGCCGAUCUUCCUUACAAGCACAUCGUAGAACUCACAGUAGGGAAAAGCCGUUUGUCUGUCACACAUGUGGAAAGGGCUUCCUGCACAAGUCACAGUUGUCAUCUCACCAACAAACUCACACUGGUGAGAACCCUUAGGAGCGCCGUGCGUGUUGUGUGCAGUUGUUCGCUCAUACGUAUCAGCUGAAGGGACAUCAUCCGAUUGAAGCAGAAGAAAAUGACCUUGACCUUGAGAGUUUUCAACAGCUGAAGGCUCUCGGUCUUUCAUUCUGUGCAGAGAAUCCUGAGGUGGGUUUUUAAAUGCAGAAAGUCCUUCAAACACAAGUCAGAUUUCAGUAGACCCAGUAGACCUGACACUAUAGAUACUUGGUCCUAUGAAAGGCUUUACCACAAAGUCAAUUCCUCUUCCAUGUUUUUAAAUAAAGAGACCUAAUUAUAGCUAUGCAUUGCUUAUUUUAAAUACACAAAUUACUAUACCUGAGGAAAAGAAUAAAGAAUUUGUAAGAA